CAGAAGGCAUUGUCGCGGAGCCCGCGGUCUAGGCACUGGCGGCGGCCGGGACUGAGCGACUGAGUGUAGACAUGGCUUUCCUAGGCCGAAGUUUUGGGUGCCCCGCCUGCAGAUCGGUGGCCCAGUUGGGUGGCAGGUGGCUCCAACCCAGGCUCUGGAUGGGGCUCCCGGACGCCUGGGGCCUCCCCUCCCUUCAGCAAGCCCGUGGCCGCACGCGCGGGAACGAGUACCAGCCCAGCAACCUGAAACGCAAGCACAAGCACGGCUGGGUCCGCCGGCUGAGCACCCCGGGCGGCGUGCAGGUCAUCCUCCGCCGCAUGCUGAAGGGGCGCAAGUCCCUGAGCCACUGAGGAGCCUCGGAGGCCGACAGUUGGGGGCCCGCGCCUUCGCGGGCUUUGGAGCAUGAAGAAUUCAGAACUGGCCGAGCCCCGGCAUCCCCGCGUCCCCCAACCCACAGCCGUCUCAGCGGUUUCUGUGCCUGCUUCUGAAGGCAUCUUUGCGAGCCGGGCUCGCUAAUAAACACUCGCGUUUGUA